AAUCACCAGUUCCUUAUGCCAGGCCUAGCAGCAUCCAUGGACCAUCUGGCCAAUGAAGGCAGCUUUAGGAGAAUGUUUCCAGGUGCUUAUGGGACCUCAGCUUUCAAAUUCCAACCAAGGAAAGAGAGCGUGGAUUGGAGGCGCUUAAGUGCUAUCGAUGUGGAUCGGGUAGCUCAGGAGUUGGAUGUGACCACUUUACAAGACCACAUCACUGGAGUCACUUACUGCAAUCUGGACUCAGAGAGAUGUGCCUAUUGCCAGCAACCCGUGGACCCAGUGCUCCUGAAAGUUCUCAAGAUGGCCCAGCUCAUCAUUGAGUAUUUGUUACAUUCCCAGGACUACCUGAGUGCCAAUAUAGUCUCUUUAGAAGAGAAACUCCAGUCUGCCCUGGAGCAGCAGGAACACACUGAACAGAAACUGGGCAAGCAGGCAGAGGAGCUAAAGGAAGUGAAGGAGGAGAGCCGGAGGCGAAAGAAGAUGCUCGGCAUGCAGCAGCUACUGAUCCAGGCUGGGGCCAACAACCAUCACAAGUGCCAUUUGUGUGACAAGGCUUUCAUAAACAACUCUUAUCUUCAAGGCCACAUCCAGCGAAGACACAUGGAGGUCAAGCAGUCUGAAAAACAGAAGCAACAAAUGCAACACAUGGAAGAUGGAAUAGAAGAACUGAAGGCAAAGCUGAAGUGGACCCAGUCCCAGCUGGAAGCUGAGAGAGAGGCGGAGAGGCAACGUCAGCUUCAGGAAGCAGAGAAUAUUUGCCUGAGGGAAACAGAGGCAAAGAGGGAAUUUGACAGAUGGAAAGAAGAGGAAAGGAUGAAGCUUUAUCAGGAAAUAGACAAUUUGAAGCAAUUGCUUCUCAAUGAAUUUAAGAGUGUUACCAGUCAGAACUCUAUGCUAGAAGAAAAACUCCAAGCAUUGCAAACCCACACUGUAGUAGAGUCCCACCUUGGAACACUGAGGGAUGAUGAUGCUGAAGACCGACAGAAACAGGCAAAGGAGGUACAAGACAUGAAGGAGAAGCUUGAACAUCAGAAAUUAAUGUGGAAGAGAAAGUUAAAGAACCUGCAGGAUGAACAUCUGGCAGAAAAAAAAAGGUUGAAGGAUGAAAAUGAGAGGCUCCGAGUCUCCCUGUCUCAGGAUCAAAGGAAAGCUGCAGACCAUUUUCAGCACCAAAUGGAUUCACUCAAUGCCAAGUGCCAAGAUCAGGCCAACAUCAUUAAGUCCCAGGAAGAAAUGAUCAAAAGGAUGACUCUCAGAAAGGAGGAAGUGAUCCAUCAAGUAGCAAAGGUAGAAGAGACAGAAGAGGAUUCUACACAAGAAGAGUUGGAGGACUCCUUAGAUGGAAAGCAAAAGGUGCUGGAAGUAUUGAGAAGGAACCCUAACUUACUGAAACACUUCCGGCCAAUCCUAGAGGAUACCCUGGAAGAAAAACUGGAGAGUAUGGGACUCAAAAGGGGUACAAAGGGAAUUUCUGAUCAGACUCACAGAAAUCUGGAAGCAAUAUUAAAAGCCCACCGAGAACAGAAAGCCAAGAGGUUUUCAGAACUCCUGAAACUAAGGGACAAGCUUAUCAAGGAGGUUGCUCGAAAAAUCAUUGAAAGGCAGCAGAAUGAGAACAUAUUGUUACAUCCUGCUAAUGUGGCUGCAGUCAAAGGUCAGAGGAGCCCAGUGCCCAUGAGAGAAGCUCAGCAAAAGUUCGGAAAGGGGCGAGUUGAAUCACAGUCUCAACGAACAGCAUCACCUAAGCCCACAACACCUCAGAGCAAAGUCAGUCACACCCCUGCCACACCAGGGAUACCAAUUCCAACUCCACGGAGCAGAGUUCAAGGUCCUACACAUCCACCUGCUUCCCCUGGGCCUGGGCUGAGCACCCCACCUUUCACUUCUGAAGAUGAUUCAGAAGGAGACCAUAUUGCCCCUUCAAAUCUUCAAGACCCUUCUAGGAUAGCUGCUAGAGAUGACAAUGAUUGGGAUUGGUCUGAUACUGAAACCUCUGAUGAGAAAGUCCCUAAACCUAUGGCAAAUUCUGGAGGAAUAACUUCUACAGGUACUCGAGUCCAGUCACUGGCCAAAACUCUAGAAAAACAGCUAGUUGCUCCGGGAAAGAAGCCUGCUGGAGGAGUGAACCUUUUCUUAGCCUCAGAUGCUGGACCAUCUAAAACAACCAUCUCAGUAAAGAAGCCCCAGUUUCCUGAAGAUGACAGUGACUUAGAUAUUUCCUCACUGGAAGAGAUUCUUCAGGAUUUGGAUGUGAAUGAGAAGAAAAAACACCCACAGUACCUGUCCCGGUCUCAACCAGUUGAGAAGCAUGGCAGGAUCUCCACAGACUCUCAGAGUACCAGUGUCUGGAGUUCAAGUAGUGCCAGGGCUGUGGGCUGGUGA